AUGCCCGGCACCAUCUUCCACGACGACGCCACCUCCGAGCGCGCCUUCCGCGACUUCCUCUGCAAAGCCAAAGACGUCCCCGACUUCCUCCCGCCCUGGUGGACCGACGCAAGGACCGAAGCAGCUGUCGCCUACGGCUUGCGGACUGACCACAACUUUUCGUUGCACUACGCCUCAGAGAAGGCCGACAUUCAAGAGGACUGGAAGGACGACCGGAUGCCGAUGAAGGUGCGCAUGCUGGGCGAGAAGGUGUACGGGAACGCGCCGGGGGUACCGCCAGGUGGAGGGGCGUCGAUGUUGGAGCUGAUGAUGUCGCAGGAGGCGGGCACGGGGCCGGGAAUCGUGAGUAAUCUUGAUCUCGGACCGUCGACGGUGAGGAGGAGCCCGUGGGAUAGGGAGUGGGUGCGCGAGGAGGAUGGAAGCUUUGGUUUGGAUGUGUGUCUCUUCGUCGCGACUGAGAAGGAAGGUGGCUGA